AAAAUGAAAAAGGCACUGAAGAGUGAAGAAGACAAAUAAAAAUCUGCUUUUUUGCACGUAUAUUAUCUUAUACUGCUGAUGAAAAAUCAGAUUUAAUAGGUCACUUCAACAUCAAAUCACUGCAAAUCCAUUGGUUUUUACUUUUUUAUUUUUUUAUUUUUGGUGGAACAAAUCCUGGUUUUCUUUUGGCAACUUUCUCUUUCUCUCAAUCAUUUUUGCUGCCUACGUUUUCCUUCCUUGCACUAACCCAAUUAACAUAUGGGUAAUAAAUACUGAUGGGCAGCACUUUAUACUAAAAAACAAGAAUUUUGCUGAUAAGAAAAGCAAAGGAAACACCUUCCAUUAUUAUUUCUUCUACUCUCUGCAUCUGUAUUUUCUCUGUUAUCUGUUGAUCUUUCUCUCUCUCCACUUCAGUCUGCUCAAAAACUGACAAAGGAGAGGGGGGAGGGGGAGAGAGAGAGAGAGAGAGAGACUACCACAGUGUAUUGUUACUUACCAGAGAUUGUGAGAGUUUGCAUAGAAUUAUUCUGGUGGGUAUUUAUGAUCUUUGCCUCACAAAGCCAUUACAUGAAGCUUCACCAUCUGGGUCUUGAAAAUGGAACCUUUACAGAAACUCCAUGUUGUUGAUGUUGUUGAUUAUGAUGUGGAGAAAAGCAGUCACCAUCAUCAGUCAGAUGAUGAAGAGCAAAAAAGCUCUUCAAGUGAGUCUGGCUCUAGCAGUGAAAUUAUGAAGGAGAGUAGAUCCUCUAUGUCGGAGGUGGAUCUGGAGCGUGUGGUGCCCGAGAUUAAGGUACAUUUGGUGAAGAUUGAAAGAGACUGCAGGAUUUGUCAUCUUAGCUUGGAUGCUGGGAAUCUGGAUUCUGGCUUGCCUAUUGAGUUAGGUUGUUCAUGCAAGGAUGAUUUGGCUUCUGCCCACAAGCACUGUGCAGAAGCCUGGUUCAAGAUUAAGGGCAACAAAGAAAAAGAAUGCAAAAGCAGCUUCUGCACUAAAUCAGGAGAAUAUGUCAUUAAGAUAUGGAGUCUAAGCCGCCGUGGACGUAGCCAAAUUAGUGAACCAGGUACCCUUUGCAUAUAUUUACUCUAUUGUUUUACACUACGAGUCCAUAUAGACCCGGUCUAAGUGAGUUUUCACCAUAGACCUGGCUCCAGCACAUUUUUCAUGGCACUAUUGGGUUUUGGAGUUUAACUCUUAACCUAGCUUUUGGGGCGAGUUAGGUCUGGCUCAGAUUUAAUAUGGUAUCAGAUCCUCUCCAUUCGAUGUUGGGCCACCCAUAAAUACGUUAAGCACCAGUAAAAAUUCUGGGCGGGUAUGAGGGUGUAUUGAAUCCCACGUCGGUUGUGGAAAGGAAGGAGUAAUGUGCCCUUAUAUAGGCCACAAGCACUCCUCCCCUUGAGCUACUUUUGGAGUGAGUUAGGACUCUCCAUUCUGUAUCUUCUGUUGCGGUUUUCUGUCCUACAAAAGUAGAAUAUGCGGCUCCACAAGUGUUUCCCUCAUCGUUCCAUUGUGGGAUCAAUCUACUUAUAUUGAUAAGAAUUUACAAUAUUACAGUUACAUACAGCUGUUUCUAAAUCAGUAUAGGGUAAACUACAUUUAGCAUACAGUACAAGGACUCUAUUCUAUUAGUCGAUAGUCGAUACAGUCGAAAGUUUUUGUUUUUAUACAUCAUAGAAGAGUACAAUGUAGGAAAGUUGCUGACUGGAUAUUCACCCAUCUGUAUUUAU